AACAAUGACCAGUCCAGGCAUCCCCACUUUUGGCGCGGCCGACUACGUUGUCUUUGCUCUGAUGCUGCUCGUCUCAGCUGGGAUUGGAGUCUUCUACGCCUUCUGGGGCGGGAGACAAAAGACAACGAAGGAAUUCCUGAUGGCCGACAGGAGUAUGAAGAUAAUUCCCGUGGCCAUCUCGAUCCUCGUUUCGUUUAUAAGUGCAAUCCUGAUUUUAGGAACCCCGGCUGAAAUGUACACUAACGGUACGGAGUACAUCCUGUACACGGUAGGAGUCUGCAUCGGGAUCGCCCUGUCCACAGUUCUGUUCGUCCCCAUGAUCUUCUCGCUCCACAUGACCAGUUCCUUCGAAUAUUUAGAAAAGCGAUUCCAGUCUCGAGCCGCCAAACUAACUGGGACAUGUCUAAUGAUUGUACAGCAGAUCGUGUACAUGGGUAUAGCAGCCGUCUCCCCAUCAACUGCACUGGAGGCAGUCACUGGCUUUCCAGUGUGGGCUACAAUUAUAACUGUUGGUUUCGUAUCCACAUUCUACACACCUUUGUCAAGCAGCCUGGAAGUGGCAGUCCUCUUUUUGGAGGCGCAAGAGGGAUGUAUUGAGAGUGGAAGUCCUCUUUUCAAUCGGUGCAGGAAGGAUGCAUUUUCCAGUAAAGGAUCUCCAUGGAAGAGGCUGUCCUCCUAUAGACGAGGCAGCAGAUAG